CCUCCCACAUCGCCCAGCGCUCCGCAGCCUACACACUCUCACCGCUUCUGGGAUGACGGGCCACUGUUAAGACCCUCAGGAUGUUCAGCUGGGUGGUGAAGGGGGUUCCCCAGCCUCCUGGGAAACUAGGAGAUGAGGAGAAGACCAAUGCCUCACCUGCAACAGUAAAACAAGUAACAUUCAAAGAAGAGAAGAAACAAGAAGCUCUAAAACCUGCCAAGGCCAAAGAGGAGGAGGUCGCCGAGGAGAAUGGUGGUGAGGCUGGAGUGUUGACUUGGAUCACCCAUGGCUUUGCUAAUUCUCUUCCCCAGCCUGCUGGGACAGCCCGGCUAGGCAGAUCCAACACUGAGCCCUCCACCACACAGGAGGAGAACAGGCAGGGGUCAGUCAUCGGCUGGAUUGCCCAGGGAUUGGCCAGUGUGGUUCCACAGCCUGAAUUGAAAAACAUGGAGGAGGUGGAGCCUGCAGAGACAACAGAGAUUGCAGAGGUGAUCAAGGUGCCGGAGGUUAAGAAAAAACCUAGCAUUGCAGAGGUGAGCAAGGCGCCGGAGGUUAAGAAAAAACCUAGCAUUGCAGAGGUGAGCAAGGCGCCGGAGGUUAAGAAAAAACCUAGCAUUGCAGAGGUGAGCAAGGCGCCGGAGGUUAAGAAAAAACCUAGCAUUGCAGAGGUGAGCAAUGCGCCGGAGGUUAAGAAAACACCUACCGUGCAUGCUAUCCAAGAUGUCCCAGAUGCAGAGCCUCUUCCUCAUAUUCCUGUGGUGGAGGUUAUGUCAGAUGAAGAGCCUCAAGAAGAGAAGGGAAUCCCACCCAGGGUGUAUGAGUGGAUCAAACAGGGUUUUGAGAAGGUGGUUCCACAGCCAGCUGACAACAAAGACGUCUCAGCGAAGGCCGCCUGCCCACAGAAAGUGACCUCUAAAUCUCCGGAAGCUGAAGAGGAGGCCAAAGCAAAUGUGGUGGGCUGGAUUGUUCAGGGCUUCGGUCGUAUGUUACCUCAGCCUGUCCUGACUCCAAGUGGAUCGGAGAACGCUGUUCAGAACAUCCUCAUCCUGCAAGGCCAUGAAGAAAUGGUUCUGGAGGAGGUGGACCCGGAUUGGGAGGAGAAGGAGAACAAAGUGGCUCAGGGAGCGGCCCUGCUCCAGGCCUUACCCUCACUCAUACCCCAGCAGGUUCUGGAGAUGCAACAAGAAGCAGAAGAUGCAGAGACACAGACAGAGAGAUGGACUCCCCUCAUAGAGAGCAUAAAGAAAGAGGCAGAGGAGGCUGCUAUGGUGAAAGUGGAAGAGAAGCUGCAGCAGCAGUUAAAAGAAGCACGGAUGGCUGAGGAGGUGGCCAGACAGGCGGCUGAGAUGGCAGUUAGACAACUAGAGGAGGAGCAGGCUGCCAGUGCCCAGAGGGCCACAGACUCACAGCAAGAGACUGAUGGAGAGCAACUGCCCAAUAUCCAGGAGGAAGAGAACGAGGAAGACCCUGAGUUGAAACUGCUUCACGAGAGCGACGAGAGCAUGGAGAAUAAAAGUCCCGAGAAAAAUAAAGCCAUAGAGGUUACUGUCGUUGAGAAUAUUCUGAGCGUUGAAGACAAUACUCUGAUGGAUAUUGUAGUUGCUGAAGACAAUGAGAUAUCUGAAGACAACAAAGCUAAAGCUGUGGAGCCUAAAGUGGAAAAUAAAAUCACAGAAGUGGACCUGAAAAGGUGCCUGAUGGAUGUGUGUCCAGCCGAGGGGUUGUCCGAGGUUGAGGCAGAGGCGGAGUCAGUCGAACCAAGCCCCCCAGUGUCUACCCCCAGAGAGGCCUCCCCUGAACCAGAACCAGAGCCGCAAAAUAAACAGUCUCCCACAGCGACAGAGGCCCCGGCAGUGACCGAACAGCCAGAACCAGCCGACCAGAAGACUCCACCCACUGCCGCAACUCAGGAGGAGGAAAGUGCCGACGAAGCAGGGUGUGAAGGGAGCGUUGGAAAGGACAGAGGAGGGAAUGUGCUGCCAGCGGUUAAAGUGGAGGAUGUGGACAGAGACGUAGGGAUGAGAGGGGGUCGCAACAUCCCCCAGAUCAUCACCUCCCAGGACCCCCUGUCCAUCUCUCUGACCGUGUCUCUCGCCCCCGGGACCAAGCGCAGCAAAGCUGUGGCUGCAGAUGGCUCGCUCCUCCCGGUGGAAGAGAGAAGUGCUGAAGAGGAUGAUGUUUUUGGUGUUGAUGACUUGGAGAUGCAGACCGGCCUCCUGACUGUGGAAGAUGGGGAUCGUCCAGCAUCAGCGGCAAGCUAUGGCAGUGUGAUUGUCCAAGAGAGAGUGACUACACUGGUCAAGCUGUUUAAGGCGAGGACGGUCCGCAAGAAGGAAAAACUGAUGGACCCUGACGAAUCUGAGGAAGACAGCCCUCAAACCUCCCCAGCCAAGGCGCCCCCUCCUCCUCCCCCUCCCCCAGAAGAGGACAAGGACAUCUCAGCCCCGGUGGAGGAUGAAGAGGAGGAGGAGUACUGGGACUUCUAUGGAUACCCAAUCAAAAUCCUCAAACUUCCCAAAAUGCCCCCACUUCCUAGUUGGCUUCAAACCAUAGUGGACUAUCGUUUCCCUUCCAGCAUCGACCCUUAUACUGACCUGGUCUACGUGGUGUGGCUGUUCUUUGUGAUGAUGGCGUGGAACUGGAACGUGUGGCUGAUCCCGGUGCGCUGGGCCUUCCCCUACCAGACUGCAGACAACAUCUACUGGUGGCUGUUAAUGGACUACACCUGUGACCUUAUUUACAUCACCGACAUCCUGGUCUUUCAGCCCCGCCUGGAGUUUGUACGCGGAGGAGAUAUUGUGUGUGACAAAAAGGACAUGAGAGACAACUACAUGACAACAGAACGAUUUAAGAUGGAUUGUGUCAGUAUGUUCCCCAUGGAGAUAUUUUACUACUUUACUGGCGUUAACUCCCUUCUCAGAUUCCCCCGCCUACUGAAGUACAUGGCUUUCUUUGAGUUCAACGACCGUUUGGAAGCAGUCAUGAAGAAAGCCUACAUCUACAGAGUGAUCCUGACCACUUCCUACCUGUUGUAUUCUCUCCACAUCAACGCCUGUCUGUUCUAUUGGGGUUCUGACUACGAGGGGCUGGGGUCCACUAAGUGGGUCUACAACGGCAAAGGGAACAGUUAUAUCCGGUGUUACUACUUUGCUGUAAAGACCCUGAUCACCAUCGGGGGUCUCCCGGACCCAACCACCGUGUUUGAGAUCACAUUCCAGCUCGUCAACUAUUUUGUUGGCGUCUUUGCUUUCUCCAUCAUGAUUGGUCAGAUGAGAGAUGUGGUGGGGGCUGCCACAGCGGGUCAGAACUACUACCGGGCCUGUAUGGACAACACCAUCAAGUAUAUGACCUCCUACCACAUCCCCACAGAGGUCCAGAACCGAGUCAAGACCUGGUACGACUACACCUGGAAAAUACAGGGCAUGCUGGAUGAGCAGGAGCUGUUGAUCCAGCUGCCGGAUAAGAUGAGGAUGGACAUGGCUGUGGAUGUUAACUACUCCAUCGUGAGUAAAGUGGCCCUGUUCCAGGGCUGUGACAGACAGAUGAUCUUUGACAUGUUGAUGAGGCUCAAGUCUGUGGUCUACCUGCCUGGGGACUUUGUCUGUAAAAAGGGUGAGAUCGGCAGGGAGAUGUAUAUCAUCAAGCAGGGGGAGGUUCAGGUGGUGGGAGGACCUGAUUUGAAGACUGUGUUUGUGACAAUCAGGGCCGGCUCUGUGUUUGGAGAAAUCAGCUUGCUGGCAGGGGGCGGGGGGAACAGACGCACGGCCAAUGUGAUGGCUCACGGAUUCGCGAACCUCUUCAUCCUGGAUAAGAGGGACCUCUCAGACAUCCUGGUGCACUACCCCGAGUCCCAGAAACUCCUCCGCAAGAAGGCCAAGAAAAUGCUGACGAAGGAUAAGAAGCCAGAGGAAAAAGCAGAGGUGAAGGAGACUGCCGAGGUGAUCCCAGACAGGCCAGAGACCCCCAAGCUGUUCAAAGCAGCCCUGGUGAUUACAGAGCAGGCAGGCAUUAAGGGCACCUUCGCCAAGCUGAAAGAGGGCUACAAACCUGCCGAGACUGAGUCCUCUGGACUCCCCAUACCUCCUCCCUCCCCGAUGGUGCACCGUCGCUCCCCCAUCCCCCCUACAGAUGCCCAGGUCGAGGAUGACGAAGAUGCGGUUUCCGAGACGACCGACAGUAUGAUGCUCAUCCGCAUGACACGCCGUCACAAAGGCGAGGAGCUCCUGUCCGUCGAGCAGAAGCCUGGAGAUGAAGAGGAGGAGAAGAAGUAGAAGGAGACCGAGAAGGAAAUUGACAGAAAGAGAAGGGGAAGAAAUGUUGUGAUCACCCGCUACUCUUCUAUACUCUUCUGUGUGUAUUUUGACUGAGAUUUCAGACCGAAAUGGUUAAAAAAAAAUAUAUUUCUCUAUUGCCGAGUUCACUUCAUGUCAGAAACUCUGGAUCUCCGAGUUAAUAUGAACGUAAGUUAUUUGCGUAGAGCUUUCUAUUGGUAGAUUCAGAUACUUCCCAAGUGGGAAACUUGAGUAUCAUCUUUCUAUAACGAGCAAGCAAGUCGGAAAUGUCUGAGUUUCCGACAUGACAUGAACACGGCAUAUGUCCCCCUCGGGUUAAGUUCACUUUACAGAGUUAUCCUGUCAUAUUCUGUGUGCCCCUUCUGUCCCUCACUCUCUCGUGGUCUCACUGAUGUUGUGUGUGUUAACUGCGUUUUAGUACCUUAAAGCGGCAAUUAGCAGUUGAAACAAUAACGAGUACUUCCCGUCUCUUUUUCGGUAAAAAGCUCAGGGCUGGAGAAAUGUAACCACUGUCAAAUUCAUAGACAUAGCUAUGGAUGGAAGGAUUGACCAUCCAUGAUAUCAAAAUGUAGUGUUAUGCAUGUUUUGAGGCUAUAUAGUGUUUGUUUACAUUUGUUUUGUUUAAAACAUUGAAGUAAAACAAGCUUGUUAUUUUGGGUUCUGAAAUGGUAUGACAGUUGAACUAAACUCAUGAGACAUUUAUAAGUUAUAUUCUUCAAGAAUGAAUGGGUACAUAUCAUUCAUUUAUAUGUACACAAAACACAAAAAUUAUGUAGCAACUGCAGAUUGGCCCUUUAAUCCUUAUUGAUGCUUCAUAAUCCUAUAUAGCCUUGUUAUAAAACUCCAUUACCCAGGGGGCUUAGCUCCAGGUCUCCUACUGUUUCCUGCUUCGAAGUACUGCCACUCUCCCCAAGUACCUGUGACAGAGGCAAUAUGGCCUUAACCAAAACCUAGACGUUGCUGGUUUCUAUAUUUCUUUAGCCAUUCCAUUUUAAAAGAGAGGCCAUUUUCUUUUGUAGUCUGUGUCACAAGAGUGAACACUAGUAUGUUUAGCAUUUAAUCUUUGGGAAAACAUCUGUGUUUCUCUUAUCUGAGGUAUAUGGGCAAACUUUUUUUUCUUUCGUAUUUGAACUCUUAAGAGUGAGUGGUCCUGUGUUGGUUUUCUUUGGUGCCGUGACGCAUCACACUAGUCGAAAUCUGAUUGGCUGAUUCAGGGUCAUGCCAUGUGUCCUCCUGUCUGCAGGAGGAGCACAAAUGGGUUUCAAUGAUUUUACUGAGUUUUCGAGGUCAAAGAGAGUGUGUGUGUAAAAUGUGGAAAUGAGUGUGUAUGAGCAGGAAGAGGAGCAGAAAGCCAGAGGAAGUGUUCAUUGUGUCCCUCUCAACCAAACGGGGAAAGGCAGAAUAAAAAGGCGGGAAUAAAACAAUGCUGAGCAAGCCUCAGAACUAACCUCUGUCCAAUUCUGUGCUUCCAUCUCAGGGUGUGAUGAAGUGUGUGCUUACUUGUGGUAGGAGUCACAUUUGAACUGAUAUUACAGUUAACUUUCCAAACCCUUCCCAUAUCUAUCAGUGACCUUAAGUCAGGCACAUAGUGGGUUGUCAUAGUGGGUUCUUUUUACACACCAUAGCAUACUUCAGCCAUAAAAAGACGCCUAGGUGCUAUUAGAAGAUUUAGGACUAGAUUCAAUCCGUAUCGCAGAAGUAGGAUAUCAAGGAAGAUCAGCAUUAUAUGUUCCCGCAUUCGCCGAUACUAGAUUCAUGGUUAAACUAUGCACGUGUCGGCUCAAUUUCGAAAAUGACCUUUACAUUUUAACGUGGAUCUUCCCAGAUACUUCCGUGAUACGGAUUGAAUCCAGCCCUUAAGCGCAACGCUCAGGGAUUAUGCCCAUAUUUCAUGUUUUUACGAGACUGUUUUUAACGUGGAUACAUAUCAGUCGACUGGACGUGCUUUUUUUUUUGUGUCAUUUUCAACUGAGAAAAUAUAAUUUUGAACCAUUUUGGAAACAAAAGCUUGUGAAUCCAAAGUCAAGCAUUUAUAGAUAUUUUGUUGUUGUUGUUGUUUAGUGUUUAAAUGAUAUCUUUGGAACAACAGCUGAAUAAAACUGGCUAUGUAAACUCCUUUGUUGGAUUCAGAUAGAUUUUUGAUAAUGAAGAAGAAUGUUUUACAGAUGACAAUUUGCCGAGUGUUGUAAUAGGUAUGGUGAAAGCAUAUGUAUGCAGCUUGUAAACAAUAAAAAUACUGCGCUUACUGAA